AGAGAGACAGAGAGAGAGAGAGAGAGAGAUAGACAGAGAGAGAGAGGGACCAGCCAGAGUCAGACUGAGACAUAAAAAAUGUUUCCGUUGUGCUGCAAAGAGAGCCUGGGGUCUAUAUCUGAGACACCAUUUGUAUGUUGUAGAUGAAAUCAGAGAGCGUUACAUCACUUGGGGGGAGAGAUAGUGCCUGGGCAUGAGAGUGUAAAAUGUUGCCUAAGAAGGGGUGGAGAGAACAGGGCAGGAGAGGUGUUGAAAUUGUUUAGGAAGGGUGAGUGGUUAUUUGUCUGUCUUGUUCUGCCCUCCCUUGCUCUCUCUCUCUUUCAGAGUUUCCUCUUUACACUUACUCUUUACAAAAUGAACUGGAAAGAGACUGUUCCUAAAAAAUCUUGGCUACUUCUGGAAAACUGACCAAAGAAAUUGAGGAUUUAUGAAUUGAGGACUUGAUAAAUGUAGGCUUGAAAACAAACAUUUUUGAGAGAUUGUUUGUAAACAGUUUUGAGAGAUUAUUUGUUUGCGCUUUUCUGGACAAGAUGUUUCCCCUCCACUCUUUCUAAACCACAGCAGCUGUCUCCAUUCCUGUUGGACUAUGGUAUAUUCUGGCGCUCUGCCCCUAUCUGGGUUACCUGAUUUCAUUGGAUUAUUCUUUGGAUUACUGAGGAACACUGGUGAAGAUAUAUUGCAUAAAGUUUGCUCUUUUCAACCAAAGCUGUCAACCAUAAAGAUACAAUGACAACAUUUACUAAACCGUCCAUGCCAUACAUGCCAGACAUCUAGACCACUCCCUCAUUCAACUGUCAUAGAUAGGGCUGCCAGACACAAACCGUCAGGCUGCGCUGAACUGAUCCCACUCGGACUAACACACCACAACCAGGAAUCCCUCCUCAGGACAAUGGCCACGGGAGGGAACGGGCUAAGAUCUGACCGGAGCCUGACAUCCACCUCCCAGCCGCCCAGUGCCUCUGACCGGAGCCUGACAUCCACCUCCCAGCCGCCCAGUGCCUCUGACCGGAGCCUGACAUCCACCUCCCAGCCGCCCAGUGCCUCUGACCGGAGCCUGACAUCCACCUCCCAGCCGCCCAGUGCCUCUGACCGGAGCCUGACAUCCACCUCCCAGCCGCCCAGUGCCUCUGACCGGCGGCAGGUGGACAAGGCCCUGAAGAGGCUGGAGAAGCUGCAUCGGCUGUGUACCAACCCCAGGCUGGGCCUGAGGAACAGCCCCCCGUACCUCCCCGAGGUGGUCUCAGAGACAGCCACGCUGCUCACCCAGGUGUGGGAGCCGUACAGGGGGCCUGCUGCUGGGGGGCAGGCCCCCCGGGGGGAUGAGGGGGAGUACCUGAGGAUCCAUGCAAGACACCUGCUGGAUAAGACUAACCGGGCCGUGCUGCUGUUUAAAGAGGGGCGCGAUAAGAUGUUCGAGGAGAUGUCCAGCUACAGGAGAAACUUGACCAAGCUGUCCCUGCUCUUCAGUCACAUGCUCUGGGAGCUAAGGGCCAUGUUUCCCGAGGGAAGCUUUCAAGGCGACACCUUUAGGCUGACUAAGACAGAGGCCGGAGAGUUCUGGAGGCGAGCAUUUGGAAACAAGUGUAUUGUGCAGUGGUGCAGUUUUAAGCAGCAUCUCCGUAGGGUCCAUGGCUUUGAAGAGGGGAUGGAGUCCAUGGCUCUAAAGUCAACUGUAGAUCUCACCUGUAACGACCACAUCUCAGUGUUCGAGUUUGACAUCUUCACCAGGCUAUUCCAGCCCUGGAGGUCUCUUCUGAGGAACUGGAACCAGUUGGCAGUGACCCACCCUGGCUACAUGGCCUUCCUCACCUACGACCAGGUCAAAGCCCGCCUCCAAAACUACCUGCACCAGCCCGGGAGCUACAUCUUCCGUCUGAGCUGCACUCGGAUGGGCCAGUGGGCCAUUGGUCAUGUGACUGGUGAUGGCGGCAUCGUACAGACGAUCCCCCAGAAUACACCUCUCUACCAGGCCCUCAUCCAGGGCUUCAGGGAGGGCUGCUAUCUUUACCCUGAUGGACGUGAUGUGAACCCAGACCUCACCAGUCUGUGUGAACCAGCACAGAGAAGCAGGGUCAAAGUCACAGAGGACGAGUAUGAGAUGUACUGUGAGAUGGGUAGUACCUUCCAGCUGUGUAAGAUCUGUACAGAGAGAGACAAGGACACACGCAUCCAGCCCUGCGGACACCUGCUGUGCCAACCCUGCCUCACAGGAUGGCAGAAGUCGGAUGGACACACCUGCCCAUACUGUCGCUGUGACAUCAGAGGGACAGAGUCCAUCCUGGUGGAGCCUUACCUGUCUGUCAGCGAGGAAGAGGAAGAUGACCUGGAGGAUGUACAGCUAGUCAUGAAAAACCUGGCCUAUAUGAAGAGGAUGUCGUCUGAAGAGUACCAGUUCCCCAGCUCUCGCCUGGCUCCACCCCUCCCUCCCAAACACAGCACCUUCUCCCACUGCCCUUCCCCACAAGCCCCCUUACCGCCCUCCGAUAUACUGGCCAAAUACUCCCACUCUAACUCGCGUUCUGCUCACAGUGACACCCCCUCAGACAGAGCGGUCACACACCACACUGCCAGCACUAACAGUGAGGAUUCUGUCUCAGAGCCAAACUUCCACUCCGGUUCCGUCUCCUCCCAGUCCUGUGGAGAGGGUGGAGCAGCCUGGGAAGGGGCUUCAGAUUCAGUGAAACAGAAGAAGAGGUAUAAAGAAAGGAGUGAAAGGACGUCAGAGCUCGGGUACAGCCAGAGAGAGCGGGAGAGAACCAUGUCCUCCUGACGCUGGGAGAAAAGAUAAGCACAACAUCUCUGACUCAAGAAUGGAUGGAUAAUAGGAAUAUGAAAGGUUGAUUUCCACUGUACCUGAUAAACAGCCAUUGUUAAUCUUAUGUACCUUAUGUACAUGUAUCUUAUGUAUGCCUUAAUAUGGAGGGAUAAUGCCCUGUUGAUAAACUAAUAAUGACAUCAAAGUGAAUGGAGAAGGAAAGACUGAUGGAGCAACUCACUGAUGCCC